UUCACACACAGAGGAACUUCACAAACCGGCGAGAUGUGGAGGAUAGUGGCGUGUUUACUUUUGAUGUCCAGUCAUGUAUCAUCUCAUAACAAGAUCUUUGGGGAGGAACAAGUCCGAAUGACAUCAGAGGGCUCCGACUGCCGCUGCAAGUGUAUCAUGCGACCUCUGACUCGGGAUGCAUGCGCUCGCUUGCGAACAGGAAGUGUGCGCGUGGAGGAUUUUUACACAGUGGAGACGGUGAGUUCCGGAGCCGACUGUAAAUGUUCCUGCACGGCUCCACCCUCCUCGCUCAACCCCUGCGAGAAUGAAUGGAAGAUGGAGAAACUUAAGAAACAGGCACCAGAACUGCUCAAGCUGCAGUCUAUGGUGGAUCUUCUGGAGGGAACACUCUUUAGUAUGGACCUGCUUAAAGUUCACACGUACAUCAACAAGGUGGUGUCACAAAUGAACAACCUGGAAGAGAUGAUUAAGAUGAAUCUCUCUCGGGAAAAUGACUUUGUGAAAGACAGUGUGGCGACUUUGACCAGUCAGCUUCGCCAAUACGAGAACCAUUCUGACAUCAUGUUGAGCAUAAAGAAGGAGCUGUCCAAUCUAGGCUUUCAGUUGCUGAAAAAAGACUCCACAAGCUCAGGCCCAAACAGCAAAGCACAGGACACAAUGGGGACAAAUAUCAAAGAUGCUUCAAAGUUUCCAACAAAGAAACCAGAGAAAGUAAAACCUCCACCUAAACCAGUGAAGGACAAGCCAGCAAAACCAAAGAAAGAGACCACUAAACCCAGUAAUCCAGAUCAAACAGAACUGCCCAGUAAAACCAAACCAUCACAGAACCAGCCAGGAGUCAUCCGGGGCAUCACAUACUACAAAGCAACCAAAACUGAUGAGACGAGCAACCAAAAUGGCAAAGGGAAAGAAAAGCCUGAUGAAACCGACACAUUACAGGACGUAGAGGAAAGUACCACACCCCCCGUCACCAUAGCAGCAGAGACCAACGCAGCAACCGUACCCAAAACAACAACAUCCCAAAGCACAACAAGCAGAACAAUAUAUAGAGAGGAGAGACCAGCCCCAACUAUUGCACUAGUGCUGGAUAAUACAAACAAUAACACAGACAUUGCAGUGAAAGAGCAGAGCUGUGAAAGGACACUUGCUUCAGUAGAUCUGCCGGUCAGACAGCACAGUUACGGCAGGAACGAGGGGGCGUGGAUGAAGGACCCUGUCGCCAAGGAUUCCAAGAUUUAUGUCACCAACUAUUACUAUGGCAACAACCUUGUGGAGUUCCGUAACUUGGACAACUUCAAACAGGGUCGCUGGAGUAAUUUAUACAAGCUCCCCUACAAUUGGAUAGGAACGGGUCAUGUUUUGUACAGAGGAGGGUUUUACUAUAACCGUGCAUUUACUAAGAACAUUAUUAAAUAUGAUCUCAAGCAACGAUACGUAGCAGCCUGGUCUCAACUGCACGAUGUGGUCUACGAAGACACCACACCUUGGAAAUGGAAAGGCCACUCUGAUAUCGACUUCGCUGUAGACGAGAGCAGUCUUUGGGUCAUUUACCCAUCUGUUGACUAUGAUUUCGGACAGACUGAGAUCAUUGUAGUCAGUAAACUAGAUCCUAACGAUCUGUCGGUCAAAAAGGAGACCACAUGGAGGACGAGACUCAGACGAAAUUCGUUUGGGAACUGCUUCAUUGUAUGUGGCGUCUUAUACGCAGUGGAUGUUUAUAAUAAGAAGGAAGGGGAAGUUUCGUAUGCAUAUGACACACUCACGGGGGCCGAGGCAUCUCCAAGGUUAUCUUUUAUUAAUGAAUACGGGUUCACCACGCAGGUUGAUUACAACCCUAAGGAGAAAGUUCUGUACGCUUGGGACAAUGGGCACCAACUUACCUACAACAUCAACUUCAUAGAGCAAGAAGAGAAAUAAACUCAUUAAGAUGACUGGUGGACUUUAAUGGCUUUCAAUCCAAUUUGAGUCUAUACUCCAAUGAAGCAAAAGCCAUUCGCAAGCCAUUUGGUCAAGACUGCAUCUUUGGUUCCUCUGACAAAGACCAUGAUCUAACAGCUCAUCAUGUCCUCGUGAGCUUUCGAAGAUAUUUGUUUGAGAUUAUAUAAAGACAAAGGCCUCACAUAACAUUCGUAGUUGAGAGUUGCUCUAAAGUUCUAGAAUUCAAUGAAAUGGAAUUUAAAUGCCACGUUAAUGUCACGUUUCCCAAUGCGUUAAACUCAAGCUGUUACCGCAUUACCCCUGGUGCCGUAUUGCAUGCAGGUUAUCUGUUGCAAUGUAACUCUCAAAGUUGAAAAAUGUCAACUUUGCUCAUGUUUGUCACUGACUUUUCAAAGUGCAGCCGAUGAAUACCAGACAAUUUGAUUGCCGAAUAAUUAUGUGAAUCUCAAAGUUCAAACUAGCGCAACUUUUACCCAAUUUGCCGCUGACCUUUUUGUACAAAAGCCAAUGAUUCUUGGACAAAUCGCAUGACAUGAUGUCAAAGGUCUACACUUAUUUGCUUUUCAAAAGGACUGCAUGACACUUGUGUUGAGAGGUGCAUUGAAGCCUUGAUGCAUUUUGUUUGAAAGGGGCUUAAAGACCUCUUGAAAUUGGUUGACGGGCCAACAUAGUCCCAUGACAGUUCGUAAUAAUUCAUACAAGAUGGUAAAAUUGCAAGAUGUCACACGACUUGGCUCACACAAAAAGGUAUGACUAAAUUUUUCCCCAAUAAGGGAAACCGAAUUUCAAAGCCUCCUAUUUAAUUUAAGAAAAGUCAGUGAACAAAUUUGGUUACACAUUCCAUACAAAUAUAUUUAUAUGCAAUACAAAUGACUGAUGCAUGUCUAAAUAACCUGUAACACGUUUCCAAUGUUUUCUCUCUUCAUGGAAACUGCAUCCCUGAUUUGCCUGAGCAAUUUAAGAGUUUUUGUGGCUGCUACUUCGGAUGCACUUGCUCCCUCUGGCAUCUCUGGAAACUAAUAAAAGCUUGUUUUGACCACAAAUGCAUAAUAAGCCAUAGCAAUAUACUGUAUAAUAUAACAAGUUCCAAUGCUUCAUGUACCUGAUAUAAACAUAACAAGUGUUGAAGACACACCUGCUGGAAAAUUUUCUGUUUUUGCAUAAAAAAUGUUCCAGAACAUUGUUGUCAGCUCAUAUAGCCUCAGUGGGCUGGUAAGUCAUGACAUCUUAAAGGAGAAAGAAUUCUUUGUCUGCUAAUGAGAGAGCAUGAUUAUGAUUGGGAAGCCUGUCUAAUGAUUGGACAGGGUUAUGUAUAGAAAGUUUAUAACAAACAGGCUGUGUCAUGCAUGGAAAGCCUCAGUAAUGCAUGGGUAGUGGUAUGUACGUAAUGUACAAACAGUUCAACUGUUUAGAAUGUUGUUGUUUUUCUUAUUGUUUUAAAAUGUGUUCUUGUCCUUGUGCUUAAUGUAAAUAGCGGAAUAUUUUAAUUUUGUUUGGAGGAUUGGGUUUUAGAAGCAAGUGGAAGAGAUUUUUCCUAAUCUGUUAAUAUGCAGCAUGUCUGAUUUUAAUAAACUUUAAUCUGAUAUUAUUACAUGUUUAAUGUGCAUUUGGCAUUGUGGAAAAGACAGUGGGCUCUAAAUGUCUAAUACCACAUUUUCUAAUUUAAAACAGCAUGCACAAUUUGAAUAAUUGUGUACAGGGUUUCCACUCUUUUCAAGGCACAAUUGUUCAGGGCAUUUCCAAGACAUUUUAUGUGCCCAACAAGUUAAAUAUUUAAGCAAAAAUAAAAAAGACACGCGUCCAUUUAAAUCAAGCUUUUAUUUUGCCGUUUCGUGUGUUUUUGCCAGUUGUUUCUCAACCCCGAAGAAGCAGUUCCCUAUGUAAUAAAAGAUGUGAAGAUGUGAUUUAAUUAAAUAAAUUCAUAGUCUGUAUGUGCUGCACACUUCAGAGUGCAGCACAUACUUUUGCUGUUUAAUUAUCACACUAGGACAUAUCGCAAUUGUUAUUUGAUUAAUUGUGCAUUCAAUUGUGCAAAACAAAUCUUAUUUUGUACUAUAUCAUUACUUAAACUAUUUUAUCAGAGCAAAGCAGGGAUGACAUCAGAUGAGCAGAGAAUGUAUGUGACCGAUUCGUUCACUGAAAUAUUGUUCAGGACAAAUAAUUCAUUUCCA